GUUCACAGCAACUUAUCAUCCAUUUGUACCAUCCGGGUACCCGUAGCAUUGCACCUCAACCUCCCACACCAGGAAAAGUUGUUGGUACCACCACUAGCGCGGUUGUAUUGCUGAAGGUACACAAGAGUAACGUUACUGUCAGCUCAGCACCAUGUCUGACAAGAGUGAGCUGAAGGCCGAGCUGGAGCGGAAGAAGCAGCGGCUGGCCCAGAUCCGAGAGGAAAAGAAGAGGAAAGAGGAGGAGCGCAAGAAGAAAGAGCUAGCAGAGCAGCAGCAGAAGGAUGCAGCUCCAGCUGUCGAUGACUCCGACCUGGACAGGAAGAGGCGCGAGGCCGAGGCUCUGCUGCAGAGUAUGGGCAUCACAUCGGACGCAUCCGUCGUGCCUUCACCCAUGUCUCCCACUGCCAAAUCGGUGGGCACGCCAAGCGAGGCAGGCAGCCAAGACUCGGGCGACGGCGCCGUGGGACCCAGGACUCUGCACUGGGACUCUGAUCCUUCCACUUUCCUGCUUCACUCUGACUCUGACCUGGGGCGCGGACCGGUGAAGCUGGGCAUGGCCAAGGUCACCCAUGUGGACUUCCCACCGCGGGAGGUGGUGUCCUACACCAAGGAGACACAGACCCCUGUUGGGACCGAGCAGAAGGAAGAGGAAGAGGAGGAGGAGGAGGAGGAGGAGGAGAUGGCUCCAGCAGAGCCCAUGCAGGAGGCGGACAAGGAGAAGCCAGACCAGAAGAAUGAAGAGGAGGAGGCCCCACCACAUGAGCUGACCGAGGAGGAGAAACUGCAGAUCCUGCACUCCGAGGAGUUCAUGACCUUCUUUGACCACAGCACGCGCAUCGUGGAGCGCGCCCUCUCCGAGCACAUCGACGUCUUCUUCGACUACAGCGGCCGCGACCUAGAGGAGAAAGAUGGAGAGAUCCAGGCUGGAGCCAAGCUGGUGCUGAACAGGCAGUUCACAGACGAGCGCUGGUCCAAGCACCGCGUGGUCACCUGUCUGGACUGGUGCCCACAGUAUCCUGAGCUGCUGGUUGCCUCAUACAACAACAACGAGGACGCCCCCCACGAGCCAGACGGGGUGGCCCUGGUGUGGAACAUGAAGUACAAGAAGCCCACGCCAGAGUACGUCUUCCACUGCCAGUCGGCUGUCAUGUCUGCCACCUUCGCCAAGUUCCACCCCAACCUGGUGGUGGGGGGCACGUAUUCGGGGCAGAUUGUGUUGUGGGACAACCGAAGCAACAAGAGGACACCAGUGCAGAGAACACCGCUGUCAGCCGCCGCACAUACGCACCCUGUGUACUGUGUGAACGUGGUGGGCACACAGAACGCCCACAACCUGAUCAGCAUCUCCACCGAUGGCAAGAUGUGCUCCUGGAGCCUGGAGAUGCUGUCUCAGCCGCAGGACAGCCUGGAGCUGGUGUUUAAGCAGUCCAAGACCGUAGCCGUCACCUGCAUGUCCUUCCCGCUCGGAGACGUCAAUAACUUUGUGGUGGGCAGCGAGGACGGCUCUGUGUACAUGGCCUGCCGUCACGGAAGUAAGGCGGGCAUCAGCGAGAUGUUCGAGGGCCACCACGGGCCCAUCACGGGCAUCCACUGCCACAACUCCGGAGGGCCCGUCGACUUCUCCCACCUCUUCGUCACCUCCUCCUUCGACUGGACCUGCAAGCUGUGGAGCACCAAGAACAAUAAGCCUCUGUACUCGUUUGAAGACAACUCGGACUAUGUGUACGAUGUCAUGUGGUCCCCCACUCACCCCGCCCUGUUUGCCUGCGUGGAUGGAGUAGGUCACCUAGACCUGUGGAACCUCAACAAUGACACUGAGGUGCCCACGGCGAGUAUUACAGUGGACGGAAGCCCAGCUCUGAAUCGGGUGCGAUGGGCCCAGUCUGGGCGUGAGAUCGCUGUGGGAGACUCUGAUGGACAGGUCCUCGUCUACGAAGUUGGAGAGCAAAUCGCUGUGCCGCGCAACGACGAGUGGACACGCUUUGUGCGCACGCUGGCCGAGAUCAAUGAGAACCGCGACGACGCCGAGGAGCUGGCGGCCCAGCGUCUGGCUGCCUGAUCACCAUGGAAACACCGCUCGCUCACUCGCUCGUUUGUUGGACCAGUGGCAGGUUUCCUCGAGCACCCAGCCCCCAUCCCCCCCACUCUGUGUAAUGCUGGUUGUAAUUCAGAGAAAAACGAACAAAAAAAUGACAGGCAUGAUGGCGAAUACUGCUCUGCAACACAAUGGCAUUUUCUUUUGGCUGUAGCAUAGUACAUUUGGGAUUUCUUCAAGUAAGACGCAGAAGUAAGUACUUCUGUAUGGGCAAAUAAUUUGUUGGGUCUCAAAAGGAAAAAUAUCUCUACACCAGGGCUAUUCACCACAGACAAUACAACACACAAACACACACACACACACAAAUGGUCGUACUUAUAAAAACCAAAAAGCCUUAAAUAGAUAUAACUCCCAGAGACCCUGUUGAAAUUGUGGCGGUAUCAACCUUAAAGCACUUCAUAUAGUUGUACCAGUGCUGAGGACUCAGUGGGUUCUACCAUUAAGUACCCCCAGGAACCUCAUAACAUCAGGACUUUUCUCUAAGCCACCAGUUCUACAGUAAAAGCAUUUAUUUAUUAUGAACUGUACUGGACAGAUGUCACCCAAUGUCUGUAUUAUGUGAGAUAAUGUUUUACCACAAGGUUCGUCCUCCUUUUGGAAUCACAGUCUGUUUGUAAACUGUAAAUAGGGGAAUAGCUUUUCUUGGACUUCUUUGAAUGUCUUUGUAGAUCACAGUGAAUUCUUCAUUCCGAAGCCAUAUGCAAUUCAAAUCUGCUCAUGCAUUCAAAAG